CGCAAGACCAGGAGACUCUCCCGCCUUCUGACGGCGGAGUCUCGCGCCUCGUCGCUCGAGCGUGCGGCUGACUGGAAGAAGGCGCUCCUUCGCUCCCCGAGUCCCUGAGGGAAGCGGCGGCGGCGCUCUCGCCGCUUGUGUCUGAGGUGACGCCGAGAAGCUCCUCGGGCCGGGCGGAGGCGGCACCAUGAAGGUGGCGGUGCUCGACUUGGGCACCGUGUUUGCCAAACUCUUCAAGCCCUCUUCCUCCUCGUCUCCGCCUUACUCGCCAACCGCCGCCGCCUCCUCUCUCAGCAGCGCGCCUCAGCCCAAGGCGCUGCUGCCCCUUCCUCCGCCGGGGUCUCUGCCCUCUCGCCCCGCCGCCUUGCAGCCCGCAGGGGGCUCGUCUAGCAUAGCGGCAGCCAGUCGAGGCGCUCCCGGCGGGGCGGCGGCGAAGUCCCCCGGAGGCAACAGCUCUCCGCGCUCGGCGGCGGCGGCGCCGUCCCUGCCGAGGGAGCCCGGGGCUUGGGCAGCGCCCGCGGGCAAGCAGCUGCUCUUCGUCACUCUGCCCGACAUCGGCGAGGAGGGCGCGCCCGACGCCGACCCCCCAGAAGAGGCAGCGGAGCCCAGAAAAGGACUAUCUAAAGGAGACGCAGACCGCUGUUUCCAAGGAAAGAGUGAGGAUGGCCUUCCAGCACCUUUUACCAAAAGCGUGCAAGAAGCCAUUGAUAAAUAUACAUUUGUCUCUGUUUCGUCACUUUCAUCAAGCAGACGGACAACACCAACAGACUUGAAUAAUUCUUGGUCUGGGAUUCAGAGUUGCACCACUGGCCCAUCUACUGAAAGAAGCUCUGUUUACUCCUGGAGAGAUGAUGAAUUUGAUAAAGCUAAUACACAAAGAGUUCAUCAGCUGUUUUGGGAUGUGGAUGAAAUGUUGUUUGAAGGCAAAGUGAGUUCCCAAACCGAGAGUCUAAAGGCAGAAUGCAAGGAUUGGACUAACAGAUCACUUCACCUAAGGAUUUUGGGAAAACAGCUUAUUUUCCCAAAAGAUGAGGGCUUUCAGCAUUACCAGGGCAGAACUGCCAGCUCUGUUUACUCCAGGUCCUUACCUACCCUGAGUGAAAUCACCAGCAGUAUGAAAGAGUUAUGCAUCUCAGGCUCUAAACUGAUUCCUGCAGCUUUUCCAGUGCAGAAGGCAUUCAGCUCUGAAUUACCAGAAAUUUCUUUAGCGAAAUCACCUGUAUAUUCAUUCUUGGAAGAAGAAAUCUAUGAUGCAGAAGGAAAAAUUGAAGAGUAUCUUGCAUUCGACAACAAGGAACUUGAUGAUGAAAAGUUGGAGCAAAAGAUAUAUCAACUUGCCCAAAAGAGGGUUAAACAUGGCAUUCCUCCUAUUUCCCCCAAUGCCUGUAUCAAAGAUGCUGUAGUAGCGGAAGUUUUCGAUCACGUCUGGAAGAAUGUAAUUCAAGUACUGGAAGAAUUAAUAAGGAAACACUGGGAAUCGUCUAUCACAGAGAAUGACAAACAGAUGGAGAAAUUGAAAGCUACUGGAAACAAGUUACCACAUCUAUCCAUUUCCCGUGUUGCAAUGGAUGCAUCAAGUGUACCCCCAUCAAGAGGGUCAGAGGCUCGAGGCACAUCUGUUGGUUUGCAUUUUGUCCCAUCACAGAUCCACCGGUUUCCCAGCAAUUUACACAGCGAUUUAAAUGGUGUCAUGACAAUCCAAGCCAAGCCACUGCAACAGAGGCACUCUGGGCUAACAGAAAAGAUACAGAAUGAGCAGGAAGACAAGCCGCAAGUGGGUUCCAGUGUUAACUCAGCACGAAAUCGGCUGGGGCGAAUUCCUGACAGUAGUGUUCUCUCAUGUUCCCGAGUAUUGCUUGGAUCCUCUAGAAAAACAGCAGGCCACCGUAGGCUACCGUCAAUAGCUACAGAUCCUCUGCGCUCAAAGACCCCCAAUGUUUACAGCGAUGAAGUCCUUAGGGGGACAAAACUAUGUACUGCCUUAGAUCGUUUGUCCUCUCCACUUCUGCCUACAGCCCGGAACAAGCUGCCACCGAUUACAUCAGAUGCCGUUGAGCAAUAUCUUUCCGUUCCUGGAUCACAGCUAGGCUUUCAUAAAGGAAGGUAUCCUCAUGGCAGAAUUUCCAGCGCGGUACCUGAUGGUGCAGAACGGCGGCCACUUAGAGAGCGAACUGUCAUAAUAGAUCAGUUUUCGAGACCCAAUACUACUCACACAUUUCGGUCAGAUACACCUCAUAAAAUACCAUUGACUCCUAUGGAUUUUGCUAAUCAAAUGUGGACAGGUCAUGGGGUAUUGAUAGGUUCACAGUUCCAUGCCAAAUCAUUCCAGAGAAAUCCACCUGUAUCUAGAAGAAGAUUUCAAGUUGCUUCAUAACAUAUAGCAGAAGGCAAAAACAACAACCAACCAACCUGAUCUGUACUUUAUGGGACUCUGCAAUACUCCCAACUAUAUUAUCAGAAGGGAUGGCGUUCCAGUAUUGUAGUUUUGUGCCUUAGUGUUCUGUGUCUCUGCAUACAGCCAGCUUGGAAAUUGUUUCACCAAAGACUCAUUAGCAAGCGCAUCAAGACAGUGGCAUAUAUCUGGAAAACAGAAUAUGAAUUGGUGCCAAUUUUUUUCGAAAGGCAGAAGUCAAGUUUAAAAGAAAGUGCCUUCCUGGUUCUGUUCUGUUUUUGUUUGUUUGUUUGUUUGUGGACCAGGUGCAAGCAGAGCUGAGCCAAAUUGUCAUUAGCUUUCCUUUUCUUUUUCUGUAGCGAACAAGGGAAGCUUUCAUAAAGCAGCUAAACAAAUUGCACAAAAUUUAAAUAGUUUCCCUGUUUUUCAUCAAAGUUCUGGGGCUCAGGGAGAACUGUGUAAAAGCCCUCAGAGGCUGGUCUUUAAUUAUCUGAGCUAGCCCACAGAACUAUGAAGCCUUGGGAGGAAGGGUACUCUUUUCACAGAGAAGCAUGCUAAGGAAUUUGAGCUAGACUUUGCCUCGGUUCUUUUGGCGGAGCUUCCGUGAUCUUGGUCAGACAAGUUUGGCGGGGGAGUGGGGGGGGUUGCACAGGCAUUAAAACAACUUAGAGCCAUUAAAACAAACCUUAGCAGGGCUUUCACACAUUUCCUUCUAAUGAAAUUUUGAGGAAGCAAACACUGCAAAAACCAGGAAUUGUUUCCGCAGGAAUGAAAGUGACACCAAAACAGUUGGAGUUGGUUUUAGCUCAGCUGUAGUAAUGCAGUCUAUAAACCCUUGAAGAGUAUGAUAAUCAGAUUUAAUUCCUGGACUCUUUUUGUUAUGGUUCCAUAAGAAAAAUCUAUCCCUUCUCUCUGGUUUAUGCUUGGGCAAUCUCUAAAAUUAAUUUUGGAAGUGAAGUAGGCAUAAGUUGCUGCAGUUUGGGUUCAAAUAUUUUCUUCAUGCACAAACUUAGCUAAUGCACAUUGAUUAAACACCAUGAAAAAACAAAUUUUGAUGCAAUCCCAUCAAGAUCCUUUUUGUGCAAUUGCAUUAAGAACCUUUGGCCAUAUAUUACUGUUGCAUAGACACAAUAUAUUAUUCUGAAAUCAAUGGAGAUUUGAGUACUUGUUUAUUCUAUGUGGUCUACACAUAAUCUAGAUAUUUUGCAUAUUUUUGCCCCCCCCCCACCCAAAAGCACUUUUUGAGAAACUUAGUUUCAUUCUGAAAAUAGAAGUCAUUGUAUAUUUAUUGUGCAUUACUCCACAGUGUGUCCAUUUGAAGCCAGAGGUACCCACACCUGCCCAUUGACAUGGUAGGGCAUAUAUACCAAGAGAGCAAUAACUUCUUCCUUCUCCAUUCACCUGGGGCAUGUAAAGGGAUGAAAAUGUAUGGAUAACCUAACCAAGAGGAGGGUUUUCAAAUGUGUAUCAAGUAGCCACUCCUACCCUGGUGGACAGUAGGAUCUGGAAUUAAUCUAGAUCAGGCACCCCCAACCUGCGGCCCUCCAGAUAUUUUGGCCUACAACUCCCAUGAUCCCUAGCUAACAGGACCAGUGGUCAGGGAUGAUGGGAAUUGUAGUCCAAAACCAUCUGGAGGGCCGAAGGUUGCGGAUGCCUGAUCUAGACAGAAAGCAGCAUGUUGGGGACAAACAUGAAUGCUUCUAGAUUGAGAAAAACAAAUGGGUUAGUGUGCAUGCACACUGCAUAAAGGUACCUUGAUUUCGUUUUGCAUCAUUUUAAUAAGUUCCCCUAUACCCUAAUUCACAUAGUUAAUAUGUAAAAUAAUCAAAAAUAUGAAAAUCGGUAAAGUACAUAUAUUGAGGUGUAAACUAACUGUGGAAAUCAAAACGGAAGAAUUGCAAAGUUAUUUCUAUGUUAAUGUAUGUAUCUUUAUAUCUUUAAUCAUACAUUAUUUGUUGUUGAUUACCAUUGUUGCAUCUUCCUACCUUCUCUUUGUUAUUAAUUUGGCAUGUCCCCCUGUGAAGGAUAAUUAGAGGGCUGACCAUCACGUAUUACCAGUAAUUAAUACAUCAAGCACUGUAAAAUAGCUCAGAUGGAUUUGUUCUCAGAAAGAAUUAGCAGCAAAAUUAUAUCAUAGACCCUCAUGGACUUAGCCCACUUGCUGGGCUGCAACUGAUAUUCUGUUUAUUGAGUUUUUCCUUCCUGAACUUCUUUGAUGUCACCUGCUAAUGUAAAAUGAAUUGAUUUAUUUAGUACUUCAGCAACCCUAAUAAAAAUUUGCUUCAUGAGCCAAUGAA